AGAGGGAGCCCAGAGCUUGGCCGGGCAGCACGAGAGGAGCAGCCGCAGGAACUGCAGCUUUGUUAGCUUGGGCCGAGUCCAGAGACACCGGCCUGGCUGGUCCACGCCAGCCGCAGACAGUGGCUAAGCAUGGAGCUGUCCCCCCGCAGUCCUCCAGAGAUGCUGGAGUCGGAUUGUCCAUCACCCCUGGAGCUGAAGUCCGCCCCCAGCAAGAAGAUGUGGAUUAAGCUACGGUCUCUGCUGCGCUACAUGGUGAAGCAGUUGGAGAAUGGGGAGGUUAACAUCGAGGAGCUGAAGAAAAACUUGGAAUACACAGCUUCCCUGCUGGAGGCUGUCUACAUCGAUGAGACACGGCAAAUUCUGGAUACUGAGGACGAGCUUCGGGAGCUUCGGUCAGAUGCUGUGCCUUCAGAGGUGAGGGAUUGGCUGGCCUCCACCUUCACCCAGCAGACCCGAGCCAAAGGUCGCAGGGCAGAAGAGAAGCCCAAGUUCCGAAGCAUUGUGCAUGCUGUGCAGGCGGGCAUCUUCGUGGAGCGGAUGUUCCGGAGAACGUAUACUGCUGUGGGUCCCACGUAUUCUACUGCAGUCCACAACUGUCUCAAGAACCUGGACCUCUGGUGCUUUGAUGUCUUUUCCUUGAACCGGGCAGCAGAUGACCAUGCUCUGAGGACCAUUGUUUUUGAGUUGCUGACUCGGCAUAGUCUCAUCAGCCGCUUCAAGAUUCCCACUGUGUUUCUGAUGAGUUUUCUGGAGGCCUUGGAGACAGGCUAUGGGAAAUAUAAGAACCCUUACCACAACCAGAUUCACGCAGCUGAUGUUACCCAGACAGUCCAUUGCUUCCUGCUCCGCACAGGCAUGGUGCACUGCCUGUCAGAGAUUGAGGUCUUGGCUAUCAUCUUUGCUGCAGCCAUCCAUGACUAUGAGCACACGGGCACAACCAACAGCUUCCACAUCCAGACCAAGUCAGAAUGUGCCAUCCUAUACAACGAUCGCUCGGUGCUGGAGAAUCACCACAUCAGCUCUGUUUUUCGAAUGAUGCAGGACGAUGAGAUGAACAUUUUUAUCAAUCUCACCAAGGAUGAGUUUGUAGAACUUCGGGCCUUGGUUAUUGAGAUGGUGUUGGCCACAGACAUGUCCUGCCAUUUCCAGCAAGUGAAGUCCAUGAAGACAGCCUUGCAGCAGCUGGAAAGGAUUGACAAGUCCAAGGCCCUAUCUCUUCUGCUUCACGCUGCUGACAUCAGCCAUCCAACCAAGCAGUGGUCAGUCCACAGCCGCUGGACCAAGGCCCUAAUGGAAGAGUUCUUCCGCCAGGGUGACAAGGAAGCAGAGCUGGGGCUGCCCUUCUCUCCACUCUGUGAUCGUACCUCCACAUUGGUGGCUCAGUCCCAGAUAGGUUUCAUUGACUUCAUUGUGGAGCCCACCUUCUCUGUGCUGACUGAUGUGGCAGAGAAGAGUGUCCAGCCCUUGGCAGAUGAUGAUUCCAAAUCUAAAAGUCAGCCUAGCUUCCAGUGGCGCCAGCCUUCUUUAGAUGUAGACGUAGGAGACCCCAACCCUGAUGUGGUCAGUUUCCGCUCCACCUGGACCAAGUACAUUCAGGAGAACAAACAGAAGUGGAAGGAACGGGCAGCAAGUGGCAUCACCAACCAGAUGUCCAUUGAUGAACUAUCCCCCUGUGAGGAAGAGGCCCCGCCCUCCCCUGCAGAAGAUGAGCACAACCAGAAUGGGAAUCUGGAUUAGAGAACUGGGGGCUGGCCAGGUCCUCAUUGAGUCCAAAGUCUUCGAUGUCAUUACCACUAUCCAUCAGGACUGGUUUCCCCAUCUGCUCCAAGGGAGUGUGCUGGUCGGAGAGACAGCCCGCCUGAAAGCCAAAUGCUGGAGCUGGUGGGGUGGGGGAAGUUCCCCUCCCCAUCCAAUCCCCAAUGGGACACAAGCCUGGGGAACCACGUGCCCCCAGUGGUCACUGUGCCCACCCCUUGCCUCUGGACUCCCUUCCUGGCCAGGUGGCUACUUGGGAGGGGUGAGCUUCCUGCAGGUUUCCUAUGGCCUGGAGGGGAGGGUCAGAGGUGCCAGCCCCCUUGGCCCUCCCCAUCCUUCUUGCCUCCAAGUUUCUAAGCAAUACAUUUUGGGGGCUCCCUCAGCCCCCACCCCAGAUCUUAGCUGGCAGGUCUGGGUUUCCCUUACUGUUUCCCAAGGAAGGGCCAUAAUAGGAUGGGAGGCUGGCAGUUUUCAAAGCCCUGCAUGGGAAGGGCAGGUGUCCCUUCAAGUACUUUCCUAGGAGGAGGUGGGGACAUCCUCUCGACCCCAGACUUGCACUGCUUUGGCCUCACUCCCUCGCAAACUCCCUCUCUGAUGCCCAGACAGUGGCUAGGAGAGGAGAGGGGCCAUCGGGAUUCUGUCUGCAGGAAGACUUUCCUGGGGUCCCUAAGAACGUGGGGCUGAUCUGGGCUUGAGAAGCUUGUCACCUGCCCUACCCGGGCCUCUGGCCCUUGGCCUCCUUUCUGUCCCUGGGGACUAGGAGGCUCUCAUCCGACCAAUGUCUGUAAAUGCUUUGAGGUCUUCCUUCAGGAUGUAUCUUAUGAGCAAAGGAAGGAAAAUACAGCUGGCCCCGGUGUAAGUGGGGUGAGGUAUUACCCAAUAAUCCAUGUUGUCACAGAGUGGGUCCUUCCUGCCUCCCUUCUCCCAACACUGGCCCACCAUGAGAUUCCCCUCCCUGGGCCCCUGGUGGGUGGAAGGCAGAUGGGGAGGGGUUCAGGGCUGUUGUAUCCUGAAGCACACAGAGCAAGUGCAGCCAGGAAGAACCUCUUCCUGUCCUCAGGCUCCUUGCCCCACCUCACCCAAGAAAAGGCCAAGUCCAGGUGACUGCCUCCUCCUUUCUUGUAAAUACCAGCCAUGCGUUUGUACAGUGGGCCCUGUUCUCGUGAAGUCCAUCUCCAUGGUCAUUACACCUGCCACUCUGAACCGCAUGUGACUCCCCCAUGCUUUUGGUCUCCCAGGCCCCUGAUAUAGCCAGAGAUCAAUAAAGAAGGGAGACCAGCUGGA